UCUGCAGCCGCGUCCAGUCGUCCGCCGCGCGCGCACCUAUCUACAUAGCUGUCGCUCCACACUCGCUUCGGAUCCGUCUCGUUGCGCACGCGUAUUACCCUCCCCCGAAGUACUCGGCACGUGUACUUACUCUAUCUCUUUCACGGGCAGCCCUCGUCCCGGACUUCCACGAACCUCGAUAAUGGGCCGAUAAAGACUAAUUACUGUGUGUAGUUUGCCAUUUAGGAAUCGAGUGACGAGUGACGGUUCGCGAGUGCAGUGUCAGGGCUGUGAUGGCUGAGAAUCACGCACUUAUACCUGAAGCUACCUCGAUGUAUACUCAGACGAACAUGAAGGAGUCUCACGACAUAUCAAAGAACUUGAUGAGUGGUGAUUUUGAGAGACAGUUUAGAGGUGCAAUGGUUGAGAAGACAGACAGGCGGUGGCAGACGUGGUUGAUCACGCUGACCGUGGUAUUUGGGGCACUAGUCGCAUGGCUACUGGUGCUGACGAUAGUUCGUGAGGUGCAGGUUCGACAGUUGCGUCAUGAAGUAGACGAGCUGUCUGUCAACUUGAUUGCCAUGUCCGCUAAUGUCAAGAGUCUCAGCCAGAAGAUCGAGAAGAAUAAACUGUUCAACGAGUUCAAGGAUUUGCAGGACACGAUCUAUGCAGAUGACGACAUCAGCAGCAUAGUGGAUGACAAGGAUGACACAAAGGACCGAGCGUAUGACUCUCUGGAGAAGCUACACGGUCUGACAGUGCUGGAGGAUGACAAUCUGGGAGAUGACGAGGACCUAAUGGACACGGGAGACGAUGCUGAGAGUGGAGAUUGGUACCCUGAUUAUGAUAAGAGGGCACAGCAUGUGGGCACAACGAAUAUGGUGCACCUUCGGCCCGAAGACUUUGUGGACAGCGACGUGGCCUUCGGAGACAAGUCUGUGAUGACUAAUAUCGGGGAGAUCAAGAGAAGACUGAACGAGAACCCGGAAGACCCUGACUUGCCAGAGCUCCAGCCAGUCCAAGCAGCAGUGAAGCCGACUAAACCAACAGAAGAGGAAGGAGCCAGACACAAGCGCAGCGUCUUCCCUGACUCCCGAGCUGUUGAUGAGUUCGCGGCACCCAGGGUCACGGCCAAGACUGAUGACAGACGCAAAACGAAGAAGUUCUCACCGACCUUGGACUACCCUCAGACCCCGAAGAUGGUGAUGCACACAGUCACGAGAACUGCUAGAAAUAGCGAGUUUGAGGACAUGAGGAGGCCCUUCAUAGCGGCUCAUUUCCAUGGCAACACAUCACAUUUGAGUCCUGAAAUACACGAACAUUACAAAGGUAACGGUCUAGUUCGCGUGUCGCAUGGCGCUGCUCACGAUGUGUGGUAUCCUGCACCCUGGACGGUGGCGUCACCACAUCCCCGGCCUACACUCACUCGCAGCGGACAUGUGCAUGUACACCACACUGGUGUCUAUUUAGUCUAUGUACAGAUUUACUAUCUGGACAGUCACGACGUAAUCUCCUGGGUGCUUCACCGCACGAAUGCCGACAUUGAGGGUCGGGAAACGCUACUCCAGUGUGCUCAGUCAUCUCACUCGACGGAACAAAUCGACAAACCGAACUCUUGCUUCUCAGCAGCUGCCUUAUUUCUGAAGGCUGGUGACAGGCUAGCAGUCAGGAAUACAGGAGGAGACAGGCACUCCUUGAUGCAACCAGAGAAGAGCUUCAUUGGAUUGGUGAAGCUAGCGGAUGCUGAGGAUCCUACCCAAGAGCUGUAGACUCUCUACCUCCAAGUUCCACCAGUUUUUAGUAACUUUGUCUUCAUUAGAAACUUCGAAUUGAGUCAAUAACACCUAAAAUGAGGAUUAAUCGAAUGGAAAACGCGAAAUGUCUUUCCUCUAAUUACCAGACUUAGUUCGUUACAAAGUUACUCCCGAACUUGGAACAUUUUACUCCUAACUUGAUGUUAGUAAUAUAUGUCUGAAUAUAUUUGUAAAAAAACUUUACAAAUGUAUUGGAAAGUGAUAAUAUUGUUAUGUUAGUCAAGAAAGUGCCAUUGUUAUGGGUUACGAAGCAGUAAUUAAGUGUAGGAACAAAUGAAUUAGUGUAAAGAUUUAGUAUUGGCAUUAUAUUCAAACAGAUUGUCUAUAAUUUACGAUGAUGUAAAUUUUUGUACUAGCAACACAUCGACAGUCUUGCCUUAUUAAAAAAACAAUGCAAACUCUUUGGUACAUUUUUAUUGUAAUGUUUUAAAUUAAAUAUUUUUGUGUUUUUAAUGGUGUUGAAUUAUAUGUUUACGUGUAUUUAGUUAUAGGUAUAUCGAGGAAUCGAAAGAUCUGUUAUACCAUUGAUAUUAUAAGUACCUACCUACUAACGUUAAAAAUUAAAAUAAUUUAUUGUACGUACAUACAUAGGUAUUCUUAUUUAAUACUUAUAGACGUUUAAAUGCAAUCGCAUUUUUGAUAUUCAUUCAUGUUUUGUAAGUGAACAAAAUAAAUCUGUA